UCAAAGCUAGCAAAGUCGGGCGGCCAUCAAAUGAACUCAACCGCCUAAAACGUCUGUAUUUCCCACGAAAUAUUUCCCAGUAUUUGUCGACGUUGUAUGCGAGGUUCAUGUGAGAGAUGGGACGAGAGAAGGACGCUAAAGGAGAGGAGAAGGCCAAGCAUAAGGCAAGGAAGCUGAAAAAGCUAAGCGAUAACGAAAGCGCUGGUGCCGGGGGAGAUACGAUGAACAGUACAAGGUCAACUAAAUCCACAGAGAAAACUUAUAAUGGAAAAUCGCACAAGAAGGUCAAGACACCAGACACUGAAACCCUGGAAUCACCCAGCAGUCCCAGAAAGUCAGUCAAACAUGAGCCAGAGGAUGACGACUUCACUGUGAAGAAGAAAGGGCUGAAACGGAAAAGAAUUAAGGAUGAGACCAUUGAGGGGCCUUCACACUCUCCUGCCACACCUAUAUCAGAGAGGAAAAAUAAGCGACACAAGCAAGAAGGAGAAAAUGAUGUAGUAGCUCAGAAAGACAAGUCAAAGAAGAGAACAGAAAAGACGGUAAAGAAAGAGGAAGGAGAGCAUCCAGUCUCCAAAAAACCUAAGAGGACAAAGGAGGAGAUUGACGAGGCAAGACAGCUGAAGAUCAAAAAGAAGGAGGAGGAGGAGCAGAGUCGCUGGAGAUGGUGGGAGGAAGAGAAGUAUGAAGAUGGGGUGAAAUGGAAGUUCCUGGAACACAAUGGGCCCUACUUCCCUCCUGAGUACCAGCCUCUUCCAGACGACGUUAACUUCUACUAUGAUGGUAAGAAGGUGAAGCUGAGCCUGGUAGCUGAGGAGGCGGCAUUGUUCUUUGCCCAGAUGUUAGACCACGAGUACACCACCAAGAAGGUGUUUAGGGAGAACUACUUUGAAGAUUGGAGGAAGGAAAUGACCCAUGAGGAGAGGUCACUGAUAAAAAAUCUUGACAAAUGUGACUUUGGAGAGAUCCAUGCCAUGCAUAAAGCCAAGGUGGAGGCCAGGAAAAACAUGACCAAGGAGGAAAAACUGGCUGUGAAAGAGGCCAACCAGAAGAUAGUGGAUGAGUAUGGCUACUGUCUGCUUGACCACCACAAAGAGCGCAUCGGCAACUUUAAGAUUGAGCCUCCAGGGCUGUUCCGAGGUAGAGGAGAGCAUCCUAAACAAGGCAUGCUGAAGAAAAGAAUCCAACCAGAAGACGUCAUCAUCAACUGCAGCAAAGAAUCCCACAUCCCAGUGCCGCCUGCUGGUCACCACUGGAAGGAGGUGCGACAUGACAACACUGUGACAUGGCUUGUCAGCUGGACUGAGAACAUCCAGGGCUCCAUUAAAUACAUCAUGCUCAAUGCCAACUCAAAACUCAAGGGAGAGAAGGACUGGGAGAAAUACGAGGUUGCUCGGAAACUGAAGUCAUGCGUGGACGACAUCCGUAACCAGUACACACAGGAUCUCAAAUCCAGACAGAUGGACACGCGACAACGAGCUGUGGCCCUCUACUUCAUAGACAAGCUGGCACUGAGAGCUGGUCAUGAGAAGGAGGAGGGAGAGACGGCAGACACAGUUGGUUGCUGCUCACUACGCGUGGAGCACAUCACCCUUCAUGAGAGGCUGGAAGGCAACGAGUGUGUGGUGGAAUUCGACUUCCUGGGUAAAGACUCCAUUCGCUACUACAACAAGGUCCCUGUCAUCAAGAAGGUAAAGGGACAAAAGGCCAACAAAAGCACUUUCACACACGUUCAUUCCUACUUUCAUACAGCAAAACUGAACAAGCACCUGAGUUCUCUAAUGACCGGUCUGACUGCGAAGGUCUUCAGGACGUACAAUGCUUCGAUCACCUUACAGCAGCAGCUCAAAGAGCUCACAAACAAGUCCGACAAUGUGGCUGAGAAGCUGCUGUCUUACAACAGGGCUAACAGAGCAGUUGCCAUUCUGUGUAACCACCAGCGGGCGCCGCCAAAGACCUUUGAUCAGUCCAUGGCUAACCUUCAGGCCAAGAUUGAUGCUCAAAAGGAAAAGCUGUCCCAAACAAAGAUGGAGCUGAAACAGGCCAAGAAGGAGGCCAAGACCAAAGGCAGUUCAGACUCCAAGCUGCAGACGCUGGUGGAGCGAAAGAAGGCAGCAGUGAAGCGCUGUGAGGAGCAGCUGCUGAAGAUGGAAGUCCAGGCGACUGACAGAGAAGAAAACAAACAGAUUGCACUGGGUACCUCAAAGCUCAACUACUUGGACCCACGCAUUAGCGUGGCUUGGUGUAAGAACAUGGAGGUACCUGUAGAAAAAAUCUACAAUAAGAGCCAAAGGGACAAGUUCGCCUGGGCCAUCGACAUGACAGAGGCAGACUUUGAGUUCUAAUUUUAAACUCCAGUCUCAUAAGCUGAUCAAUUAAGGAACCAUUCACUUUAUAAUACACACAGAACUUUAAUAGAACAGUCAUAAUAUGUUCUUGGACUACGGAUGUUGUACCUCAUAUAAUGUGUGACACAUAUUGUUUACUGCAGUUCUUUUCUGUUUUAUGCUUUUGGCACUUUCUUUUGUGGGUUGUUUUGUUUAUAAAUGUUGUGUUUUCACUAAUUUGAAUAAAGGUUCCUCUCAUGCAGUGAA